AUGUCAAAGGAUGGCGAGGGUGAAACACGAAGCAUUGACAGCUCGGUGCUAGAGAGGCCGAACGCAUGGUCUCUGAGGAAACGCAAACACCUGAUCCCCACAUUUCAAAGAUCCGAAGAAACUUACGGUUCUGGACAAAUACGUAUGGGAGUGAAAGCCAGGUUGGCAAGUGUGCCGGUGCCAAUCAGCAAGUCAGAUUGGAGCAAUCCGUCAACAUACCAUCGUGUUAAACAUCAUUUAGAAACCCCGGACCAGUACCACAAACGGGUCCAAUGUCGAGCAUCCCUUUCGCAGACCUUGCUGCAAGUCGCUACAUCCCGUGAUGAGUCGCCACUAUCAAAAUGGGAGGAAAGACUGUGUCGAACUUGGACGCCAAGUGGCCAUGAAGUUUCUCUGCGGUUGCAGCGUGGUCGAAGCCUGCAGCGAUGCCAACCAGCCAAACGAGGGUCGAACUUCGGUGAACCAUCUUCUCCCCUUGACCCAGAUUACGGGCCUUCCUCGGACAUUUUACUUAACGGGCAGGUCUCCAAAGCCACGUGCAUUAUAUUCUUCAGAAGGAACAAAAGCAGUCCGAGCGAGAAGCGCGAGAAGCGGCGGUCCAACUCGGGGCCUGUAGCGAAAGGAUCAUCGCGACCGUGCGCUGAAGCUCUCCCUCGGACUUGCAUAUGGCGCCAAGUACUGCAGAGUUUUCUUGGUAACCGCGAUUUCACGCACUACACAAUAUGUGAAAGUGGAGACGCCAGCAGCUUGGAAUUCGCCAUCUUCGAGGAAACAGGGACUCGUGCAGUGUAG